GAUCAGCUCCCUCCGUACUCCGGUGGAGUACCGCUGCCAGCAGCAGACUCUCGUCAUCCUGUCCUCCUCAGCAUCUUGUGGUUCAUGGAUUAUACACUUUCCCUCCAAGUGCAACAUCAGCUGGCGGUGUUCCCGACGCACUUCUACCAGGGCUACAGCGUGGAGUUACAGAUGAAGUCAACAGAGGUGGACCAAGGGCUUUUCACAGACAGCUACUGCAAAGUGUGCAGCGCUCAGCUCAUCUCCGAGUCUCAGAGGGUCGCCCAUUAUGAGAGUCGGAAACACGCCAACAAAGUGCGGCUGUACUACAUGCUACAUCCUGUGGAUGGAGGCUGCCCCGCCAAGAAGCUCAGAACAGACAACGGCAGCGACGAGGGCGACGUGGACAAGAAUAAGUGCUGCACUCUGUGUAACAUGUCCUUCACCUCAGCAGUGGUGGCACAGUCACACUACCAGGGAAAAAUCCACGCCAAGAGGCUAAAGCUGCUACUGGGAGAGCAGCCUGCCAUCACAACCAAAGAGGCGUCUCCCAGUCCUGUAAAGAGCUCUCCAGAAACGUCUCCCAUGACCUCCCCUCGACAGCGCCGUGACUCAGACCGCUACUGCCAGCUAUGCAACGCCUGGUUCAACAACCCCGGCAUGGCUCAGCAGCAUUACGACGGCAAAAAGCACAAGAAGAACGCUGCCAGGGCAGAUCUGCUGGAGCAGCUGGGAAAGACCCUGGACAUGGGAGAGAUGAAAGGUCUGAAACGAAGCUACACUUGUGAAGUUUGCAGCGUCACACUCAACUCGGUGGCACAAUACCAUGCACAUCUGCAGGGCUCAAAGCAUCAAAACAAUCUGAAGAACCAGAUCUGUGUCCAGUGAGCGUGGAGGAGGAUAAAAACCAACCACUGGAUUGAUGUCAGACAAGCUGUGGUCAGCUUGCCCUGCUUUUUCUGCCUCUGCUCUGCUUUUAUUCUCCUCAGCAUCAUUUCUUUUUCUCUUUCUUUCUCUCUCCUGGCGUCAUUCUGUCUGUUUGGCCCUACAGAAGAGGGAAAUAAAGCGUUUUUUGUGACACUAGCACUGCAUCAACUCUCUCACCGUCAGUGUAAAGUCCAUUUAAACAGCUCCUCCAUCGUCGCUGGUCUCUGUUAAACCAUCGACCUGACAUUCCACUGCAGCUGUGUUCUGUGUUCUUUUAAUCCACUGACAGUCUGUGAGCAUUAAAGUGGAUCCAAAACACGGCAGCCUUUCUAAAAAUGCAUGGACUUAAUACUUUGGAUGUUUACGGCUGUAAGUGGAAUUUUUACUUGAGAUAGUUUAACCUGAAUGAUACAGAGGAUAUUUAUUUGAAACUACAAAAGAAGGACUUGUAUUAUUUAGCAUCGUGGGCUUUAACUCUGAGUAACUCACUGUCUUUGGUUCUGUCUGGCACUCAGUGUAACAUUCUUCUUGCAGUGGACCUAAAAGCCCCUUGCAGCUUUGAAGGGGUUGAUGGCAAUAACGGCACUGAUUGGACUUGUACUAUAUGUUGUAAAGGUUUUAUACUGAGCAGUGAAGGACUUUUCCCUGGGCUCUGGUAGAGCUGUAAGAAAACCAGCAGAACUGAAUGGUAUGUCUGCAUUUACACAGGAACACAAGUUGGUUUAUUUCUUCUUCAUUUAAAGAAUAAAUCUGGUUUAUUACAACUUUCAGUGUUUUUAUUUUCUAGGUUUUAGGAAUUAUUAAUAUUGGUAGAAAUGUUGCAUUCUCCAAGUUACCUGCUGAGAUCUGGGGACACAGUAGCACUAACUUAUCAGGUUUAUGUGGAAGACACACAUAAGACAAACCAUGGGUUUUUAUGUGAUCUAAAUCCCUGAACCCCCGCAUUUUCCUGUAUGGGUCCUGCUAGCAGUGGCAGCAGAUUAAACUAUUAGCUCCUUCUCCUGGGCCAUCCCAGAUGGACUAUAUGUUCUCCACCAAUUAACCUCGAGUCCUUUCAGCAUAAAAGUGACUUUUUCUCUUCCACCCGAUGUCUACAGCUGAAAAUGUGCUUGUGUGGAGAUACAGUCCCACAGAGAAGGCAGUCACAGAGUCCUGUAGAGACCUAUCAGCCCAUCUGGGUAAUCUGUGGAUCUGUCCAAGCUCUGCUGGAUGAUCCAACUUCUUUCUGUCUGGAAGCAAGUUUGAAACAAGGAGGGAAAGGUUGUAUGGAAAAGGCCUAAAGAGGAAGCUAAGAAAAAGCUCCCUGUAAAUGUUUGUUUCAGCAUUAAAGACAAGUUUAGACUCUCUGUCAGGGAAAGCAUUGGAUCAUUGUAUCUGCAUUCUCUUCUUUCAGUCUGUUCACUCAGAGCUUUGGAGAGACAACAUGAGUCGAUCUAGCACCAUAUUCAUGAACAAGGCCCUCUGUUACUUGACCUCCUUCACUUAUGACAGUGACCCAGUCCCAACCAGCAAAACCCCAUCAUGUCAGACUCAGAGGAGCUACCAGCCAUCUCUGAUGCUGCAGACUGUCACUGACUGCACUAAAGGCCAUGACCUCAUGAACUGACAACAUCCCUCCAUCUGCACAAAGCAGAAUGUAACACUAAAGGAGCAGUUCAAUAGAUCUAACCAUGAGUUCAUUUCAACCAUGAUCCAGAGGUUGUCCUUCUGGAUGCUGCUCCCACCUUGAGGAUGCCUUCAGAGUUUGUCCAAACCUAAGAUGUUAAUUGUAUGUCUGCACCAUGGUUUGUAGUCUGACGUAUGGCUUCAUGUUUGAUUAUUUAAUCCAUGGGAUCUUUGGGCCGUUCAUAGUUCUGGCCUCAGAUGCAAUUUCUCUUCGUAACAAAGUGCUCCCAGAUCUACAAGCAAAUGAGUUGUUAUUCUAACUGACAGAAAUGAUGUCCAACGCUACACAAUAAGACUGAAGGUGAUAGACCAAAGUCCUCACAGUGUAAGGAGAUGUCAAAAGACAUGAUCUGAUCAGUACGUUCUAAAAGUUCUGUUUUUAUUCCUGUGUAAUGCAGCAUAUAAAGUCUACAGUACGUGGCUAGAGUUACAGAUUCUUUCAUUUCAGUAUGGUCUUCAUCUCAGGGAGGUGUAACUGGUUGCUUUUGUGAAAUUUAACACUGCUGUUGAGAGCUGAACAUUCACAUGUACUGAAUCCAUUCCACAAUAGAGCCUUGUAGAAUGUAGAUACGGAACAAAGGACUGGAAAAGAACUGCAACGUUUCACAGAAGAGUUUAAAUAUUGUAGAGUGUAUUAUGGAGUAACAUAUAUAGUAACACACACACACACACACACACACACACACAAAGCUUAUGUAGCAUUCUUGUUUCUUCCAUGUGAGGUUGUUGAGGACUAGAACUGAUUGCUGUCUUCUGUUGUGGAUCAGGUUGUGAUAUUUGCUGUUUACACUCUGAGUGAAGUCAUCUCCUGUCGUUUCCUGUGCUGUGUCGGCUGCACACCUGUGUUUGAUCAAAAUGUAGCUUUGACUCGUGUCGUUGAAGCGUUUUACUUUGCAGAGAUGUCCCAGUUUAUUGACAGCUGAAAUCACUUGAACAUAGAGCUGCAGAUUUGUACUGUAGAGGAAGAGAAAAUAACCAUCAGUGAACAUCUGGACUGAACCUGACAGAACUGUAGCUGGCUGAUGUCAGAGCCGCCAGCUGAUGGGAGACGCCACAAUAAUUUAUAGAAAUGUGUUUUUUAAUAUUGCAAAUAAGAUGUGCACGUACAAUUUGUUAUUGCAAGAAAAAAAACUCCACUGAAUUGCUUUGCUCAUCUUGAGUGAUGAGAUCUGUGUCCAGAUGUUGGAUCAGCCAUUCUCCUCCAUCACAGGAUGUCACCUCUCAUCACCCUGUAGUCCCCUUGUGCUCUGGGUUAUGUGCUCUGUUGUGUCUGAGAAAACAAUAAAAGACACUUGCAACUACAGAAA